CUUUUGCAGGUCUGGUGGUCCCCGUGUCCGAGCCGCGAGUGCCCAGACAGCGAGGAGAUCGACGUCGUGGUGGACCAGUGUCUGGACCACUGUCUGUUGCACGAGCAGAACCCGAAAAUCGAGGUCGUGCCGCCGCCGACCUUUGCGCCCAUUUUGCCCCCCUCGGACGUCGGCGAGAAGGACGACCUGCAGCUGCUGAUUAACAAGCCGAUCAACAGGAAGAACCGCACCGGCGGGGACGUACUUAAUAGCUAUAGUUCUAGCACGACGGAGCCGUACAUAGACAAACAAAUACUUAACCAGGAGCCGGACUCGGAAGAGAGCGAGGAGAGUUGGGUCAUAGCGGGGAGUGGCGACUCGGCGUUCUUCGUGCUGGACAUGCACCCGGAUCUGGGCGAACCGAUCGAGCAGCUCGGAAUGGAGGUGGACCACGAUGACAACGAGACGGUGACGGAUUUCAAAACCCGAUUCGGCAUUCAGCUGCUGUGGAAGCAAGGCGUCAACGUGACCGCUCUGGAGGAGGAAGAUCUCCGCUGUGGCGGGUUGGUACUGUCUUCGAACAUGUCGCUGAACAUCAACCAACGGCUGAGCGAACUGGCGGCGGAUUGUAUGGUUCAGCGGUGUCGGUUCCGGAAGAAUGGUCCCGAUAUAUGCCCUCCAGACUACAAGGAAAGCGACGACAAAAUCUUCUGGAUCUACUUUGGGCUCCGAUUUUUGGCCACUACGAUGUUGUCCGCGGGAGUGACCAUCAUGGACCCGAUCGCACUGACCAUGAUCGAAAAGUACGGCGGAGACUUUGGCCGCGAGCGACUUUUCUCCAGCAUUGGAAUGGCCAUCUUUUCGCCCAUCACGGGCAUCCUGAUCGAUAUAUUCUCGCGAGAUCUUGGCUACACCGACUACUCGGCUGCGUUCUACACGUACGACAUUUUGCUGGUCAUUUCGUCGAUUUCGGUGUUCAUGAUGCCGCUGGGGGAGAAACUGCCGGCCGAUAAUGUGUUCAAAGAUUUGCUCAAUCUGCUCAAGCUGAAGCACGUCAUCAUCUUCAUCUGGUUCCUGUUUCUGCUCGGUAACUUCUGGGGCUUCAUCGAGAGCUUCCUGUUCCUGUACCUCAAGGAGCUGGGUGCACCCAAUUAUUUGCUUGGCAUCACCAUCACGGUCGGAACGGUCAGCAGCAUUCCGUUCCUGUACGGCGCCGGCCGCAUCACCAAGGUCGUGGGCCACGUUAAUUUGAUUGUUAUUGCGUUCAUCGCGCACGCCUGUCGGCUGGUGGGAUAUUCGCUGAUUGAAAACGCCUGGUGGUGCUUCCCGUUCGAGGCCAUGGAGGCGCUGUCCUGUCACCUGAUGUGGGUCGCGGCGGCCACCUACUGUGCGCUGUUGGCCCCGAAGAACCUGCUGGCAACACUGAUCGGAGUGCUGGGCAUGGCGCACUUUAGCUUGGGCCGCGGCAGUGGCUCCUUCUUCGGUGGGUUCCUGAUCGGUGAGGUGGGCACCCGCGAAGCGUUCCGCUACAUGGGACUGGUGGCGGUGGCCGGUGGGCUGGCGUACAAGUUCAUUCACGCCAUUUGGCUGAGAAAGUACGACAAUCCGGACGCCGACGAUGACGUGCUGGAGAGUGGCGAGGCGGAAAAGCUGACCGAGACGAAGGAGGCCGACGAACCCAAAACCAAGGACCAGGGCACCUCGAUGUCCCAGGAGCGGCUGUCACUGAUGAUCAAGUACAACCAAAUUGGCUCGCUAACGUCGCUGCCACGUGGCUCACGGGGCGAUGUCAACGAUUCACUGUCUAGAAGGCGCAGCAGCUACAACAUCGAGAUCGUUCGUGCUCCCAAGGGUGGUGGAAGUGCUUCAAAGGUUGAUCUGCUCAAGUCCGCCCUCGAAAUCAACCACAAAGUGUCCAACACGCACCUCCGCAAGGACGGCAAGAACUCGGACCAGUCGCUCGACUCCAAACGGUCGGACAGUGCGCCCCGGUUGAAUCCGCUGAAGAACAUCUCCCAGCCGGCACUCAGCGCUGUGGCAGAUGAGGUUGGAAUCCCGUCGGUUCUGAGCCGCCACCGGAAGAAGCACCACCAGAGUGGUAUCUUGGUAAUCAAGGCCACCAGCCACGACGGUGACCUAGAUCUGAGAAACUACCUUAGGGAAACGGACCCCCGGGAAUCGAUUACGGAGGCGGAGCUGGACCACUACAAGGCCGAACUGGCGAAGCAGGCCCGCAUCCACGUGCUGAACGACAUUCCGGAACGUCCGGUGGAUCCGGCCGAUAUGGUCGGGGUGGGGAGCGCUGCCGCUGCGGUGACUUCGACGCCGGUGAUUGCCCCAAGUGUCGAAAGUAAAACAGAGAACCAAACCGUUAAAGGUGAAACCUGAUAGAGGGCCCCGUGGCGGUUGUUGCGACCGGUUAAGGGGGUACCUGCACUUUGUCUAUGGGUUGAAAUUGAUUUUACUUUUUCCCUUUUUGUUAGAUCUUGUUUUAUCACUAAUCUAGUAUUUGUUAACGUAGUUUGAAAUAUAAGCAAUUAUGAUGAA